ACAUACUUAGUGCAAAUUUAAGACUUAUAUGAUUUUCUUAUGGAUGCCAUUGUCAGAGCUAAACCACACGGGAAGCACCAGCUUUCAAAUAAAAAAAGAAUCAUCAAUAUCGGUUCACCCAGUCGAAAGUUCUGAGCCUGAUCUUGUGAGGAAGUACAGAUAUCCAUUAGAGGAACAUACUGUCAUCACUCCUGAUGGGUAUAUUUUGGGCAUGCAUCGUAUUCCUCAUGGCCGAGACAACAAUAAUGAGCCUAAAGACAAACCAAUCAUAUUUCUCAUGCACGGGUUGCUGGGAUCGUCUUCUGACUUUGUACUAAUGGGCCCAGGUUCAGGAUUGGCGUAUAUCCUAGCUGAAGAAGGAUUUGAUGUAUGGAUGGGUAACGCUCGUGGUAACUAUUACUCACGAAGACAUGAAUGGUUACGGCCUGAUGCACUAUUGAAUACUGACUUUUGGGACUUCUCUUGGGAUGAAAUUGGAAACAUUGACUUGCCAUCUAUGAUCGACUAUACUCUUGAAAACACUGGCAAGAAUCGAUUGCAUUACAUUGGUUUCUCUCAGGGCACUACGUCGUUCUUUGUGAUGGGAUCGCUCCGGCCUGAAUAUAAUGACAAGAUCAUUUCGAUGCAUGCUCUGGCUCCUGUAGCAUACAUGGCUCACAAUAGAAAUCUUUUAUUCAAUGCACUGGCUCCAUUCUCUAGAAAUAUAGCGAGUUUGGCUAAUCUGAUCGGUAUGGGCGAAUUUCUACCAAAUAACAUAAUAUUUAAUUGGGCUGGCCAAACAUUUUGUCAUGAUGAAGCCAUUUUUCAACCAGUCUGCAGCAGUAUUUUAUUCUUAAUCUGUGGAUGGAAUGUGAAUCAACAUAAUGCGACAAUGUUGCCAGUUAUCUUUGGCCACACACCGGCCGGAGCUUCGAUCCAACAGUUCGCACAUUACGGUCAAGGGAUUUCUGCGAAUCAUUUUCGUCGCUAUGAUCAUGGCUGGUUAAAGAACAGAAGAUUAUAUGGAAGCUCGCGCCCACCAAAUUACAACCUGAAAAAUAUUAAGACACCGGUUUUCUUACAUUAUUCACAAAGCGACCCAUUGGCUCACGUAAAUGAUGUUGAUAAACUGUUCGAGGAGCUCGGGCAGCCAGUCGGCAAGUUCAGAAUAGCGGACAGGUCAUUCAGUCACUUGGACUUUGUGUACGGUAUUGAUGCCAGAUCGUAUGUUUACAAUCGGGUAAUUAAUCUUAUCUGGUCAAUGGAAACUCAAUUAAAUGCUGAUUAGUAAUUAAAAGAUUAUACA